CUUCAUCUCCAAAACAAACAAACACAGAUUUGCCCAUUGAUGGAAACUCAUUAAGUGGAGAUUGCUUUGGUUUUUUCGUGAGCCUCCAUGCUUUCUUCCACUCAUUAAUUUUGGUUGCUACUGUUGCUGCUUCUUCAUCAAAACAAUCAAGCCCCGAUCUGGGUUUGUCUCAAACCCAGAUCGGGGCUUGAAACUACAUUUCUCCAUCCACCUCCACUUCUCUCCUCACUCGCCAUUUCUCCUUUGAAUCAACGGAUACUAUUGUGAAGAAGAGCUUGAAGCCUGGCGUCAUGGCCCCCGCACGGCUCUGCAACAGCAACGGCUGGUAUGCGUCGUCGUAGGCUCACUGUAGGCUCGGUCGCGUCGAGAUCUGGCUUUAUCAGCUCCGGCUCCGACAGUAACAUGCGUCGGGAUCUAGCUCACUGCAGACUCGGACAACGAGCUAGCCACUGAUGAGAGCUUCAUUUUUGUUCUAUUUUUUUGAACUCUUGUGGUUUUUGUUCUGUUUUUUUGAACUCUUGUGGUUUUUGUUAUGUUUUUUCGAACUCGUGGUUUUUGUUCUGUUUUUUCAAAUUCGUGGUUUUUGUUCUAUUUUUUCAAACUCUUGUGGUUGAUUUUUGGUCCUAAUUUUGCUAUUGUUCUUUGUCUUGAUGGAAUUGGAACUAGAAUUUUUGGUUCUCUUUAAACCAGUGCUCGCUGGUUUCUGUGUUGAUUUCGCCGGCAUUUUAGGUUUUGGUUUGCUACAUAUCGAGUCUCCGGUGGUUCGAUACUGUUUCUUUUUGAUUUAUUUGCAUCCAUGUGAGUUGACUUGGUUUGAUAAAAUUCGAAUAUGUAUUUGAGGUUUUUUUUUUGGACUGUGAUUUAGUUUCUCUUUGUUGCAUUUCAAUGGUGUCAGAGGAGUCAUUUGGGCUUGAGAAAAACCCAGAUCUGGGUUUGAUUUGGAGAGGAAGAGGAAGGGACAAGAGAGAGAGAAAGUGAAAGAGGAAGAAGAGAUGACAUGGAGGUUUUAUUGUUAGACUGUGAUUUAGUUUCUCUUUUGUUGCAUUUUAGUGGUAUCAAAGGAGUCAUCUGAGUUUAAGAAAAACCCAGAUCUGGG